AUGACCACUCCAGCCACCAUUGCAGGGAAGACUUUCCUUAUAUUCUAUGGCUUAAUUGGAUGUGCGGCCACCAUCUUGUUCUUCAACCUUUUCUUGGAACGUUUGAUCACAGUCAUCGCCUUUAUCAUGAAGUCGUUUUACGAGAGGCAGCUGAGGAGGAAGGAAGGCAUGCCUCCCGAAACGCGUCGGGGCUCUGGUAACUCGGAGGUGGACAGUCUAGCUGGAUGGAAACCAUCCGUAUAUUACGUAAUGCUCAUUUUGUGCGUGGCGUCCAUUAUCAUAUCUUGCUGUGCCUCUGCCAUGUUCUCACCCAUCGAAGGAUGGGGCUACUUCGACUCUCUUUAUUUUUGCUUUGUUGCCUUCAGCACUAUCGGAUUCGGUGACAUGGUCAGUAGUCAAAAAGCCAAAUAUGAAAAUCAAGGACUUUAUCGUUGUGGCAAUUUCAUCUUCAUUUUUAUGGGGGUUUGCUGUAUAUAUUCCUUAUUUAACGUUAUUUCGAUAGUCAUCAAACAGUGUGUCAAUUGGAUAUUAAAGAAACUAGAAUGCCGAUGUUGCCAAAGAUGCCAAAGAAAAAUAUUUAGGCCUAAAAGAAACGCGGUCAUGCCGCAAAAUGUUCGAACUAGACGGAACAUCUCUAUUGAAACGGAUGGAGUUUAUGAGAGUGAGACGGACGGCAGGAGGAUGUCGGGUGAGAUGAUCUCCAUGAAAGACUUCUUGGCCUCCAACAAAGUCUCAUUGGCCAUCAUGCAGAAGCAACUCUCAGAGACAGCCAACGGUUGCCCAAGGCAAAUCGGCACAAGUUCCCGGCACAAUGGCUUCUCAGGUGGUGUGGGGGCAUUAGCAAUUAUGAAUAAUAGACUGGCAGAGACCAGUGUGGACAGGUGA